GGCCCAGACUCCUGGGUCUUCAAAGCACAAGGCUGUAGCCAGGCUCCUAGGAUCCCCAGAGACAGGGUCAGGUGCAUCACCUGCGCCCCUGGGACCCUACCUCCUGCUGCCGCUCCCGAAGCCAUUCUGCAGCAUUCACCGAUCUCUGCGUCCAGCUCUGCUCAUCUGCUGUUAUCUUGGACCUCACUAAGCAGCUAUAGGCGUCUCCCAGAACUAUGAAAUCCCUCAGCCCGAUCCUCUUCUUCCUCGUCUUCCUCCUCUCCCGGCUGGGUUCCAAGGCCGACCCUUCGGCCUCGCCACUUACAGGCUCCGACUUCCCUGAGAUGGGCCACCCCUCUCAGACCUCCCCUCCUGCUUCUGAGAAUGCCACUAGAGACCUGCCUAACCCAGACUCCCCUGCGACUGCUUACCCCGAGCCCUCCAAAUCACCCCAUGCAGUUUCCCCUGAGCCCUCCCGCCUUGACUUCACUGAGACUACCAACAAUGACCUCCAAGAAACCCCACACCCAGAGUCUUCUGAGAACCCUAAAUUUAACUCACCCGAUACCUCAAUAGCAGACUCCCUGGAGACUCCCAAAAUUAACCACUCCGAAAUGACAGUUCCAGAACCUUCUGAGACCCCCAAAUCUGACCCGACUGACAGUCCACACCCAGAAUCCCCUGAGACGCUCAAACCUAAUCCCUCCAAAACCCCAUAUCCAGAAUUUCCUGAGACCCCAAGCCCUGACCCUACCCAAACUCCACACCAAGAAUCCGCAGAGAUUCCCAAACUUAACUCCACCGAAGUCUCACUCGCAGAAGUCUCUGAGACCCCACAUCCUGGCCCUCCCAAGAUUCUUCACCCCAAAUCUCCAGAAACCCAUAACCCUGACACCACUGAAACCCCAAACUCUGAAUUCCUCCAGACCCUCCAUUCCAACUCUACUGAGACCCCCCACCAAGAAUCCCAUGGAACUCACAACCCCAGCCUCACUGAAAUGCCCCAAACAGAAUCCCCCACACCCCAGUACCAAGAUGCCACAGAGAACCCCAUGACCUCUGACCCUGAGGUCUCCACCAGUCCUCACCCAGAAUCGACUACACCUUUCAAGGUCAAAGCUACUGACCUAAAUGAGCUGCCCCUGAGUCCCAAACCAGAAACCCCUGCAGUGACCCAGCCUGAGUCCCUUAAAUUGCCCGCCUCAGUUUCUCCUGGGACAGUUGAGCUGAAGGCCUCCCAGAACUCUAGCCUGAAAGGACCUGAUGCCCUUCUUCCCUCAGCCCGGAUUGCGGGCCCCCCUGCUCCUCUGGGUUCCCCCAGUCAGCCGGCCCCUGCCACUCCGCGGGCCCCCCAGCGGCGCAGCCGAGGUGAGAGAGUCAGCACUAUCAUCGUGGUGGAACGAGUGGAGAAGACCGGCGUGACCCUGGUGGGACGCCCCCGGGGUGCGACGGGUGGGGCCCUCUGCCUCUUCCUCGCGGGGACCGGACUGCUGAUCAGCAUUUUCCUGCUGCUCUGGUGUCUCUACCGCCGGGCGGCUCGACACCGGCCCUUCGCACACCACCGGCUUCCAAACGACGGGGAUGAACCUGUUAUGCAUUUGGAAGCCCCGAAGGACCCCUACGACCUUUACUUUUAUGCCCCGGAUGCUUGGGUCCCUUCACACAUCGCCACUAAACAGCCGCCGCCCACCCCCCCGCUGCCGCCCAAGCUGCCCCCGCCACCCCGCGGGAACCGCCCCCAGAGCCUGGAGCCACUCUCCCCCGCCACACUCCCCAACAAUUUCGUGUGAGCCCCACUCGCGUCCUGCCAGACCCGCGCCAUCCCCGCACGGAGGAAGGACCCAGAGGUCCUUUCCUCCUGGCACGCUUUGCUGCAUAGUAGUCCUCUCGGAUAGGACGUUCAACACACCGAGAUGCUUUCGCUGUGACCGGAGAACACCGUCUGAGGCCGAAUAAAUCAA